CUGAAUUGGCGAGCCUUGCUGGAGAUGGACAGCCGGAUUCCUUAUGAUGACUACCCCGUGGUCUUCCUGCCUGCCUAUGAGAAUCCCCCGGCAUGGAUCCCACCUCAUGAGAGAGUAUAUCACCCAGACUACAACAAUGAGUUGACCCAGUUUCUGCCCCGAAUUGUCACACUGAAGAAACCCCCUGGAGCUCAGUUGGGAUUUAAUAUCCGAGGAGGAAAGGCCUCCCAGCUAGGCAUCUUUAUCUCCAAGGUGAUUCCCGACUCGGAUGCACAUCAGGCAGGACUUCAGGAAGGGGACCAAGUCCUAGCUGUGAAUGAUGUGGAUUUCCAAGACAUUGAGCACAGCAAGGCUGUUGAGAUCCUGAAGACAGCCCGCGAAAUCAGCAUGCGUGUCCGCUUCUUUCCCUACAAUUAUCAUCGUCAAAAAGAGAGGACUGUACACUAGAGAGUUGCAGCCCAUAGCCCUCCACAGGGAAUCUUCUAGGACAAGCUGGUUAGGCCUCAGGGCAGCCUCUUGGGAACCUCAACUCUCGGCCCCACCCUGGCAGAGUGGCGCGGGGAGGAUGGGGAUACAGUGAGGCCCUGCCACCGAGCCAGCUAGCCAGCUGCAUUACCCAAACUGUACUGUACUCCUUGUUCCCUCGUUCUGUAGGUGAGCUUCAUUCAUUCCCUCAAACAGGAAGGAUGGAGAUACCUAGGUAUAGCCUGUGGAGAGCGCAGCUAGAAAAGGCAACUGACAUUUAUUGAAUAUCACGUGCUAGACAACUACACACGUGUCAUAUCAUGUUCAUCAGAGUCUAGAAAUCAAUAGAAAAAAGAAUCUUGAGGCAACUGACGUUUAUUGAAUACCAUGUGCUAGCCAAUUA